AUGGACAAAGACUCUAGAACUCCGUCACUGGUGGGGAUCUCCGUGAGGAGUAUCAAUGACUCAGAAAACCCAGAUUUCAACGAGGAGAAACGUCCCGGCAUGGGGCGGUCGUCGUCGCAAUUGCUGGAAAAGAUCAGUUCAUCUUCACAGGUAAGCAAACUGGACUCCGCGUACACCAGCGUGGACGAGCUGAACCGCGAAGGCGCUCUCUUGACCGACGACAACGAAGUUGACCUCGACAACGUGGUGCACGGCAAACUGCACGAGGCCGACGACCUCAAGAAGUCGUUGCUGCGCAAGAACAGGAGACCGCGCCAAAACCCAAAAAAUGUGCCCGGGGACUCCUCAUCAUCCGUAUCGGUUGCUUCAUCGUCGUAUUCGCCCUCUCAGAGCCGGAGCUCGUCGCUGGUAACGUCCACCGACCCUGUGGUGCAAGGGAGCGUGGCCAAGGCUCGUGCUGGAGGCAACUUCAAUCUCUCUGCUCGCGAUUCCGACGCCUCAUUUAGCGGCCACAAGAGUGAAGACAAGAUUCGUAACUCCUACGGUGAGUUUAUCGCCAACAAGUCUCAUCGUCCUCAUUUGGCGGGCGGUGAAUCGUACCAGAGCACCAAGCACGGUGACACAGAGAGUCCCACAGAGCGCUCUGGCAGAACUUCCCGCAAAGAAGACGCUUCCAGAGGCUUCUUGAGGUCCUUGUCGCGCUCCUUGAGUCGUGAUCCCAAAAAGGUACAAGAGCGAGAACAAUUGGAAGAUGCUGUUAUGUAUAGUACCAACAACUAUAGCAUCUCCAGAAUCGAUCUCGAAAACGCUCCGCACGUGAUCAAAGAGGAAAUUGAAGAAGAACAAGAUCAAGGAGCGCUAUUAAACGAUGAAGGUGACGAAAGAUACAGUGCCGAUCUUCAAGAGGCUGCCUCUGACAAAGUACAGAAGUUGUAG